AUGGAGCGUGUCCAGUACUCGCUGGAACGUUCGCUUCCGCAGCUCAAGCUUCUUGAUGAGCAUGGUAUUCUUACCAAAGAAGAAAUACGGUCGGUCACGACGCAGCGCCAAGGAUUUGAGGCGCGCUUGAUUCGUCGCAAGGCAGAAAAAGCCGACUUUUUGCGCUACAUUGAGUUUGAGACGGAUCUGCAUACGCUUGUGCUUCUCAGGGUGCGUGCCCACACACAGCGCGUAGCGGAGUGUAUCCGUGCCGGUGACGAGAGUGCCAAAGCACGUCAUCUUCCUCGUACGCUACGGCCGAAGCUGGCGGCGAGUUAUUCGGCACAAUGUGUAAGCAUUUUCGAGCGGCUAGUGCGCAAGUUAAGAUGGGAUGUAGACAGCUGGGAGCGGUACCUGGCGUGGGCAAAGAGCCGAAAAAUGCGUGUCGUGGCUGGGCGUGUAUACGCACGAGCCCUGGCUUUGCAUCCCAUGCAUCCAGAGCUUUGGCUUUCGGCUGCGGACUACGAGUUGAACAGCAAUGCGGAUACGACGGCCGCGCGUGCACUUUUGCAGCGUGGCCUCCGUACGAACAAACUAACGGACACAGAUGCCCAACUUGCUAAGGAGGUGCAAAGUGCCAGUAAGCAUCGCAAGACGGAGCGUGGCGCGCAUGCGCUUCGAGAGCCCGAUGCGUUGCGCUGGUCACUCACAAACUAUGAGCAAAGUGUGCUUCGUAUGUGGGUCGAAUAUAUGCGCAUGGAACUUGUUUUCCUAGAACGCUUGCGUCGACGCUGGCGUGUCUUGGGUCUGGACAGUGGCAGCGAACCGACACAAGCCUCAUCGCAAGAUCUCCAUGACGCGCAAGAAGCUGCGCAGUCGGUGGCACUCGAUGCCGAUGACGGCGACGCGGAGGAGGACGAAGAGGAAGAAGAAGACAUCGCUGCCGCAGAAGCGGCUGUCGAAGCUGACGUGCCUACUCAGGACGAUGAUGAUGGUGACGAAGCAUCGUCACCGGCCUCAGCGCGUACCAAGGCCACACGCCCUACUGCAGGGACGCCCAUUCCGCCGGGACACCAUCAAAUUAUGAGCGGCUCGAUCCCGUUGGUCGUCCUUGCCAAUGCACAACGGACUCUCCCGCCUAGUGUGCAGCUCUAUUUGUACGUGGCCCUGUGGCAACUCUUCUGCUCGUUCCCGUUCUUUGACUCGGUGCUUGUGAAGAGUCAAGGCGACGUGAUCUCGCUACGCACAUCCACAGGUACACAGGGCUCAGGUGACCAACUCCGUGCACGCCUUCUCCAAGGUGUGCUUGAUACUUGGGAGGCAGCUAGCAUUGCCUGGGACGAGGCUGGGCGUUUAUCUUUCCACAUGAUGCAAUGUCUGCAUCCACUCUGGCAUCCCAUGUCGCAUGGUGUGCAUAGCACGUUGGCAUGGAGCGACGUACCCGCUUCGCGGGCCGAGGCCGAGUUGGAAUCCAAUGCGUAUUUGCAUGGCGCCAGUCAGUUGCAUGCAAAGCAGUCGCCUGCCCUCGAUGCGCUGUGGGACAUGGCGCACGUGCCUGCCACGCUGCGUGAUGACCAGGUUGUGACAGGGGCUUUUGACCCAUGGCGUGUGUGCCGUGUGGCUCUCUUUCUUCUCCACGUGCUGCAAUCGCGACUGGUUGCGGCGCCACGCACCGAUGAGGCUAGCGAGGAGAAGGAGGAGGAGGAGGAGGACGCUAGUGAGAGUCAGGCCUCGCGUCCUUUCCAGCGAGAUACCACGGACGACUCCAUUGCUUCGUCCUCCGAUACCACAUCGUGGCACUCCACACCCUUCCUGACGAUGCUUACGUCGUCUGGUGAUAUCCCUGCUGUGAUUCAGCAAGUAGUAGCGGCGUUCCGCUCGCAAUCGCAUGCCGACGUACCAUUGGCGUUCCUUGCUACGCUGCGAUUCCUACUGAACCCAGCCCGAAGUGGCUUGGAUGAAUCGAAUUUGCGGGCGUAUUUGCACACGGUUGAUGCGAAGCUUUUGUCGUCUCUGCAAGCGCAAGAGGGGCUGCAAGGGACGUGGAUCGCUACGAUGAGCAUGUCGCAGCGUUUGGCUGAGCAGGACGCGUCGGUGUGGCCUGACGUGGAGAGCUGUAUGAGCAGUACGCAGGGUGCUGAUCCAUGCGUUUGUCUGCUGUACGAGCGUGCAGCCCUUCGUUUUGAAAUGGACCAGGCGUUUGUCUUUUCGUGGGCCCAUGCCCACGAUUCGCUGGCGGGGGAGCGUGCAUUGCAAGCGUGGAAGCCGCUGCUGUCUGCAUGCACGUCAGCGGACCAAUUUGUGCAUGAUGCGUCGGUGCCUGUAUGGGGCCUCAUGAUCUUGUGGCUUGGUACGUCGUCCACCGACGAAGCGGCGAGUGUGGCGCCAGCGCAUGCACGUCGUGCCUUGUGGCUAGACUAUCUCGACUGGGUGCACGAUGCCGCGUUGGUUCGCCGUGUGUGGGAUCGCGAGAGCGAUGCGAUGGAGGUCACCUCGCAGGAGCGCAAAGCGUCCAAAUGGGCCUGGCGUUUGUACGAGCAGGCUAUCCAGCAGACUGGCCGUGUGUUGGCCGCUUCGCAUUUGCUGGGCUCGGCACGUCGACAUGCCCAGGCGCUGCAUGAUGCUGUGGUGCGUCGCUACUAUAUGUUUUCGGCCUCGUCCAGUGCCUUCCCAGCCGUAGCGCAGGAUGGUGUCAUGGAGCAUUCAGGGCGUGAUAAGGCGCUGCACUACGCGCUCGCGCAGAGCUCGGCCAGUGCCGCAUGCUGGCUUGACUUGGCCCGCCUGGAAUCCAUGCGGCUUGAGGCGCAGCUUAUACAGACAAGUGAGCCUCUUCGUCGCCGUGUGGCCAAGCUGUUUGAGCGUGCAUUGGCCCUGGCGGAGCGUGCAGACGAUCUGUCGCUUUCGAUGGAUACUUGGAUGGCCUAUUUGAAACACUUGGUCUAUGUGCAAAAGGAUAUGCCAUUGGCGUUGCAGAUGCUCAACAAGGCGACGAUGCAGAUGCGGCAGAUGGGCGGCGAGGAGGCUGUGGUGCUCCUCGAGACGCAAUGGCGCGCUGUGCAUACCUCGCCUCGUUCUUAG